CCUGCGAAGGUCCUUGGCGACACCGCCACGUGCCAGCUGGGAUCACGUCGUCCCCAGGGCCGGGACACCCGCUGCCACUGACCGAGGGGCCCCGGAAGCUGAGGGGUCGCCGCUGCGCUGCCCGCGGAGGCUGUGGACUGUGGGUCGCGACGUCGCCGGGCCGACUUUCAUCCGGGCGUCCUGCUGGGGGCCCCGCCCUGCCCCAACCUCGCGGUCCUCAGUGGGGGGCGCGCCUUGGGGAGCGAAGAGGCCGCGCCAUCCUGACGACGCGCUGAGGGCACGCGCGGCCGCGGGGGUAAAGCGUUGCGGGAGAGACCCGGGACUUGAUAGGAACGCAACCCCUCUCAGUCCGCCGCGAUCCCACAGUUCCCCGGUCCCGGAAGUGCCCUGGCCUCCCGGAAGUGCCGGAGCGGCUGACAGAGCGGCUGACGGAGCCGGGCUCGCCAGGUCGCUGCCGCGAGAGGGUUGCUGUGCUGGGGCCUGGGUGGCGGCCGGAGGCCUGAGUGGGGCUCGCGGCGGGGGUCGGCAGGUGGCCGGGAGGCGGAAUGAUGGAGGAGGAGGAACUGGAGUUCGUGGAGGAGCUGGAAGCCGUGCUGCAGCUCACGCCCGAGGUGCAGCUGGCCAUCGAGCAGGUGUUUCCAAGCCAGGACCCUCUAGAUCGAGCAGAUUUCAAUGCUGUCGAGUAUAUCAAUACCCUGUUCCCAACAGAGCAAUCUCUGGCGAACAUAGAUGAAGUCGUGAACAAGAUUAGGCUGAAAAUAAGGAGACUGGAUGACAAUAUUCGAACUGUUGUAAGAGGUCAGACGAACGUGGGGCAGGAUGGACGGCAAGCACUUGAAGAGGCUCAGAAAGCUAUCCAGCAGCUCUUUGGCAAAAUCAAAGACAUCAAAGACAAAGCUGAAAAAUCAGAGCAAAUGGUGAAAGAAAUCACCCGUGAUAUUAAGCAAUUAGAUCACGCCAAACGCCACCUGACCACCUCAAUCACCACACUGAACCACCUGCACAUGCUGGCAGGAGGUGUCGACUCCCUCGAAGCCAUGACCAGGCGAAGACAGUACGGAGAAGUUGCUAAUCUCCUUCAGGGUGUGAUGAAUGUCCUGGAACACUUCCACAAGUAUAUGGGGAUUCCACAGAUCCGGCAGCUUUCCGAAAGAGUGAAGGCUGCACAGACUGAGUUAGGACAGCAAAUCCUGGCCGAUUUUGAAGAAGCGUUUCCUUCCCAGGGCACCAAGAGACCCGGAGGACCCAGCAAUGUUCUACGAGAUGCAUGUCUGGUUGCUAAUAUUCUGGACCCCAGGAUCAAACAGGAAAUCAUCAAAAAGUUCAUUAAACAGCAUCUGUCAGAGUAUCUAGUACUUUUUCAAGAAAACCAAGAUGUUGCCUGGCUGGACAAAAUCGACAGACGUUAUGCCUGGAUAAAACGCCAGCUUGUGGACUAUGAGGAGAAAUAUGGCCGCAUGUUUCCACGUGAGUGGUGCAUGGCUGAGAGAAUUGCAGUGGAAUUUUGCCACGUGACAAGGACAGAACUUGCCAAGAUUAUGCGUACGAGAGCGAAGGAAAUUGAAGUGAAAUUGCUUCUUUUUGCUAUUCAGAGAACAACUAACUUUGAGGGGUUUCUCGCAAAACGCUUCUCUGGCUGCACCCUGACCGAUGGGACCCUGAAAAAGCUUGAGUCUCCACCCCCAUCUACCAAUCCCUUCCUGGAAGAUGAGCCAACACCAGAGAUGGAGGAACUGGCAACGGAGAAAGGAGAUUUAGAUCAACCAAAGAAGCCUAAAGCCCCAGACAAUCCGUUUCAUGGCAUUGUUUCCAAGUGUUUUGAGCCUCAUCUCUACGUGUAUAUCGAAUCCCAAGACAAGAACCUUGGAGAGCUGAUAGAUCGGUUUGUGGCUGAUUUCAAAGCCCAGGGGCCACCUAAGCCCAACACUGAUGAAGGGGGUGCCGUGCUCCCCAGCUGCGCCGACCUCUUUGUCUACUACAAGAAAUGCAUGGUGCAGUGCUCUCAGCUCAGUACGGGGGAGCCCAUGAUCGCCCUGACCACCAUUUUCCAGAAGUACCUCCGAGAAUACGCCUGGAAAAUCCUCUCUGGCAACCUGCCCAAAACCACAACCAGCAGUGGAGGGCUGACCAUCAGCAGCCUCCUUAAGGAAAAGGAGGGCUCAGAAGUAGCCAAGUUCACUCUGGAGGAGCUCUGCCUCAUCUGCAGCAUCCUGAGCACAGCAGAGUACUGCCUGGCUACCACCCAGCAGCUAGAAGAAAAACUCAAAGAAAAAGUGGAUGUAAGUCUGAUUGAACGAAUCAAUCUGACUGGAGAGAUGGACACGUUCAGCACCGUCAUCUCCAGCAGUAUUCAGCUUCUGGUUCAGGAUCUGGAUGCCGCCUGUGAUCCUGCCCUGACGGCCAUGAGCAAGAUGCAGUGGCAGAACGUGGAGCACGUUGGGGACCAGAGCCCCUACGUCACCUCUGUCAUCCUGCACAUCAAGCAGAACGUCCCCAUCAUCCGUGACAACCUGGCCUCCACACGCAAGUACUUCACUCAGUUCUGCAUUAAAUUUGCAAACUCCUUCAUUCCCAAAUUCAUCACCCACCUCUUCAAGUGCAAGCCCAUCAGCAUGGUGGGGGCAGAGCAGCUGCUGCUGGACACCCACUCGCUGAAGAUGGUCCUGCUCGAUCUCCCCUCCAUUGGCUCACAGGUGGUGAGGAAGGCACCCGCCAGCUACACCAAGAUUGUUGUCAAAGGCAUGACCCGGGCUGAGAUGAUCCUCAAGGUAGUGAUGGCCCCUCAUGAACCACUGGUGGUGUUUGUUGACAACUACAUCAAACUCCUCACAGACUGCAACACAGAAACCUUCCAGAAGAUCCUGGACAUGAAGGGGCUGAAGAGGAGCGAGCAGAGCAGCAUGCUGGAACUCCUGCGCCAGCGGCUCCCCACACCGCCCUCAGGGGCGGAAAGCUCCAGCUCGCUGUCACUGACGGCACCAACACCAGAGCAAGAGUCGUCCCGCAUCCGCAAGCUCGAGAAGCUCAUUAAAAAGAGACUGUAGCAGCAGCAAGGGGCCUUUGCUCCUGGCCGGCGACCCCCGUUCCUCAGAAGCCCCCAACCCCUCCUGUGCUCCCCGGCACUCUCACAUCGUCGGUCUUCAAGCUUUCGGGGACAUGUGGGUUGUUAGAGUCUCUCCCAGGCCCUGUCUCACUUCCUGCCCUAAUCGGAGAUGCCGAGCAAGGGCUGGGCUCUGAGAGGGCGAUUUCGAUGAUCUCUGGUUCCCGAAGCAGAGGCAGCAGUCGGGGGAAGGUCCCUAAGCUGCCCUUGACUCAUGCAGCCUCCCCAUGGCAGUCGCAGCCUCUGACACACGGGCCCCACCAUGCUCCCACCCGUCCAGGCAACUUGAACAAGGAUGCCUGGAUCUCACUUCUCCUCCCUCUUUCUGUGGCUGGCUGAGGUUUCACCUUCUGCCAGAGCUGAGUUUCCUCUCCCAUCUCUGGGUUUGGCCCUAGGGCCUGAGUUAGUGAAGUGGCAGAUGACAGGUUCUUCAUGGAGGCAGUGGAACCAGGCGUAUUCCCAUGGAAAUCCCAGUUUCCUGGCCCAUAUUUUGUUUCUGAUACUUGUCACGACCUUACAUGACCAGUUAUCCCUGUGUUCCUGCUGUUUCUCAGUUGUCUCCAAAGGAGAGAUGUCCUCUGUGUCUGUCACCCAGGAAGGGCGUAUGUGCCAGGCCUUCAAGCAGGUGUCCUGUCUGCCCUGUGGCUCCUGACUUGGGUAAGGGCAGACCCAGAUCUGACAGUGGCUCUGCCUGGCACACUCACCAGGCUGUGUGAGCAGAUUCUUUCCUCCUUUAUUUUUUUCUUUUAGAGACGGGGUCUCUCUCUGUCACCCAGGCCGGAGUGCAGUGGCACGAUCUAGGCUCACUGCAACCUCUGCCUCCUGGGUUCAAGCAGUUCUCCUGCCUCAGCCUCCUGAGUAUAUGAGAUUACAGGCGUGAGCCACCACGCCCAGCCCCUUCCUCCAUUUCUUUACUCCCACUCUGCUCCUGGCUUCUGGGGAAGGGAAACCAGGAAGUUCACUUGGAAAACGUUUCCUAGGCUUUCUCAUCCGAUGAAGCCAUGGGAACACUCAGGAUGUCCAUCCCCUCGAAUCCGUUUCUACCCACUCAUCUUCAGGUCCACAGCACUUGCCUGUGUCAUCUGAAAUAGCAAGGGUGAUGUGCAGUGUCCCAUUUGUAUGUUCCUGUGUCAUGAGAAGGAGCCUGGGGUUCUGGAUGCCUCAGGAACAGAAUAUGGACCUUAAACACCAGGCUGAGAGCCUGGCCUGGCACGCAGCCUGCCCUGCCUGCCCUUCCUGUCCACCCCGGGCUCUCUGCAGCAGGGCUUGCCAAAGAGACUGCUCCCGGCCUCUCGCAUCAUCCUGCAUCCAGAGAACAGGCAGCAUAUCGAGCCGUUACCCUGAUUCACUCGGUUCCCUUGAAACCAAGCCUCAGUUAACCGUGACUACAGCUACAGGCAACCACUGUUGUUGCUGCCUGCUUUUGCUCAAGAAUGAUAUCUUGACAGGCACAGUGGUUCAUGCCUGUAGUCCCACCACUUUGGGAGGCCAAGGCAGGAGGAUCGUUUGAGCCCAGGAGUUCGAGACCAGCCCAGGCAACAUAGAGACCUCUACAAAAAUAAAAAUUUGCAAGGUGUGGUGGCAUGCACCUGUAGUCCCAACUGCUAGGGAGGCUGAGGUGGGCAGAUUGCUUGAGCUCAGUAGUUUGAGACCAGCUUGGGCAACCUGGUGAAACCAAAAA